CAUUUUUAUUGGCACCAAAAUGUACUAACCCUAGCGCGUGCAAAUAUUCUCUACGUAAUAUAAAACGUCAUAUCCUUUAUCACUUGUUUAUAUGAUUAUUCCGUCUACAUGUGUGAAGUAGUCUUUUGUGACAUUCCAUAUUUGCAAUGCUCUGAUUCGCCAUGAAUACGCUGGUCUGUAUGACACUGUGUCUGCAUGUACUCUCCGUGAUGGGACAACCUGCGAUGGAACAACCUGCUGAGUCCGAUUAUGACGAGCUGGCUGAGGCUGACAGUAAGAGCCUACAGAAUACGCUUGUAGCCCUCCAGAAAAGUACGAGACUCUCGAGGCAGAGGUGGGUAAAUGCCUUAAAAAAGAAAGAUGGAUCUUGUAAAAAUUGUCGAAACAGUGCCACUGUGGCGUUUACUGCUUUGCUGAAUAAACCCAAAGAGAAUAUUGGCCGAGGUCAGAAAAUAAUCUUCCAAAAUGUGGUCCUAAACAAAGGCGGGGCGUAUAACCCAAGGACCGGAGUCUUUACAGCGCCCGUCACUGGACUCUAUCUGUUUUCGGCAACGUUGUUACACGAACCCGAAAGAGGUUCGUUGCAUGCAGCACUUGUGCACUCCGGUAGAAGGGUCGCCCUGCUUCACGCAACUAGUGGGAUGUGGGACGAAGGUAGCCAAACUGUUAUCAUUCAGGUAAACAAAGGCGAACAGGUUUGGAUUCAGAAUAAAAAUGGAUACAACAGUCUCAUUUAUGGUAUGGGGUUCAGCUCAUUUGCGGGAGUUCUAUUAGGAUGAGCAUGGAAAAAAUAGUGCGAACAAGCGCAAGAAACUGAUUCAAACUUAAGUAGCAAGCUCAUACCCAAUAAAUGUUUAAAUUGUUUAAUGUUUUUGUUUAAUGUUUUAAUGUUUAAAUUAGCCGAUAACAUGACAAUGCUGGUAUUCUGAAGAAAAAAUAAAGAUAUAAAAGUU